AUGGCUCUCCCCAACACCCCGCCCGUGGACUACCCCAGCUUCAAGCUCGUCCUCGUCGGCGACGGCGGCACCGGCAAGACGACGUUCGUGAAGAGGCACGUCACCGGGGAGUUCGAGAAGAAGUACGAACCGACGAUCGGCGUGGAGGUGCGGCCGCUGGACUUCCAGACGAGCCACGGCAAGAUCAGGUUCUACUGCUGGGACACCGCCGGGCAGGAGAAGUUCGGUGGCCUCCGUGACGGAUACUACAUCCAUGGCCAGUGCGCAAUCAUCAUGUUCGAUGUCACCUCCCGACUCACCUACAAGAACGUCCUGUGCGGCAACAAGGUGGACGUGAAGAACCGGCAGGUGAAAGCCAAGAUGGUGACCUUUCACAGGAAGAAGAACCUCCAGUACUACGAGAUCUCUGCCAAGAGCAACUACAACUUCGAGAAGCCUUUCCUCUACCUUGCAAGGAAGCUCUCAGGGGACAUGACGCUCCGGUUCGUCGAGGAGACGGCCCUCCUCCCUGCCGACGUGACCGUCGACCUCGCCGCACAGCAACAGAUUGAGGCAGAGAUAGCAGCUGCGGCGGCAAUGCCCCUCCCGGAUGACGAUGAUGACAACAUCAUGGACUGA